GAGGCUGAAGUGAUCAAGGAGAAAGUUAAACCAGCCCCUAAAAUUAAAGAGGCUGAAGUUAUCAAGGAGACAGUUAAACCAGCCCCUAAAAUUAAAGAGGCUGAAAUGGUCAAGAAGAAAGUUAAACCAGCCCCUAAAAUUAAAGAGGCUGAAGUGAUUGAGAAAGUUAAACCAGCCGCUAAAAUUAAAGAGGCUAAAGUGAUCAAGGAGGAAGUUAAACCAGCUCCUGAAAUUAAAGAGGCUAAAGUUAUGAAGGAGAAAGUUAAGCGUGCCCCUGAAACUAAAGAGGCUCAAGAGAUCAAGGAGAUAGUAAAACCAGCCCCUGAGAAAAAAGAGGCUGAAGUGAUCGAGGAGAAAGUGAAACCAGCCCACGAGAAGAAAGAGGCUGAAGUCAUAAAGGAGAAAGUGAAAGCAGCUCCUAUAAAGAAAGAGCCUGAAGUUGCUCAAGAGAAAGCACCUCAAGCACCAAAGAGAGAUGUUCCUCCAUCUCUUGGUCUGGAUCUGGAGCUCCUGAUGUCUAUCAAUCAAAAACUGUCUCUUCUGGAUUUACUGAGGAAGGACAUUGGUGAAAUGAAAAGUGACCUGGAGUCCACUCAGAAUCAAAUUCAUCUUUUAAGACUGGACAACACAACAAUGAAAGAGCCAGACACUGUUGGUGUAAAAGUAAAGCGAGCAGUCUACAAGGAAAAAGCUAAUAAAGAACAAGAAGCUUUAAGAAACAUUACAAAGACUGCACAUCUUAAAAAAGAACGUGAUGCGCUGAAGAACAUCACAAAACCUGCACCUGCAAAGAAAGAAAAAGAGGUCAAGAUCAGGCCAGAGCCUAAACAGAAAGAAAUCCCUCGUGAAGGGGUGGAAGAACAGAGACCUUUACAAAAAGAAUCCGAUGAGGUCAAAGAAGCAGAAGAAGUCAAGCCGACAGAGAAAGAACCUAUCAAGGACGAAGAAGUAAAAGUAGAAGAACCUGAUGUCGCCAAAGAUGUUCCAGAAAUAGAGGAGGAGGACAUUCCCUACUUCCAGUGUUUCUUUGUGGAUGAGGAUGACACUCAGUACCCGUUCUUCCCCUUUCCACCUCCACUCUCACCAAACUUCGGAGUCUGAAGUAUGACGGCACGACAAAGCAGACCUCUUACGAAUGAGGAACCUGCUGCUCUAAUGCAACACAGAGGUACACUGUUGGUCCUCAUACAAACACAAGGAGGACCAGAAAUGGUGAUUUAAGUUCAUUCCUGGAUGAGCUGUCAAAACUAGAAAACGUCCUUCAGUUGAUCUAUUGUCUUAUUGUAAUAUUCGGUUCAUUUUCAGGACCGAGGUUGCACAUAUUUGAUCAAGGUUUAUUUGAAUGUAUUAUAUUGUGCAUCAGUUAUUUAUACCAUAGAUUGGCUUUCAAUGUUCUGAAUCAUAAAUAUUUAUUUGUUUAUACAGUACAUUAUAUGACCAAGAAGGAACGUGAAUACAGUUUUUUCAGACAGCACUGAAUGGAAUUGAAAAAACAACUUCCUUUCUGAAUAAUGCAAUGAAGAACAUUACAUUUAAGAUAAUGAUACUAUACUGUACAAUCUUAUAUAAUCCAUCAGAUGAUUUUACCUUUAUUUCAUAAGGUACAUUUACUGUAACUCAAUUUGAUGGGAUGCUAGUUAAAAGCAUUACACUGUCAUUUCUAACAGAAUGAGGUUUGUUGACUUUUUUUACAAAAGGUUAGGAGAGGUCUUAAUUGAUCUAGUAAUAUAUAAAACAUUACAUUGAUCGUUUUUACUAAGUACCGUUUACAGAACAGGUUACAGAGGUAGAAAAAACCUUCAAAGACCUUUAAAGGGCUUAAAACAGCAAGUCCACUUUUUACAUUAUUUUCCUAGUAUGUUUUUUAUCGUACCUUUGUGCAUUGUUUUGUAAAUCUCCAGACAACACACUGGAUUUUAUACUAAAAAUGUAUUUACAUUUUGAUGCUAAAUCUAGAGAAAUGCAUGAAGCAUCUCGAGGUCUAAACUGCACUUUUGUGUAAUUAUUGCAACUCAUCCAUAUGAAUGUAUUUUUACGUUGCAAAAAGCAGUUUUUACCUGUGGCAUAAGAUUUUUAUAUUAACAUUUUUUUCCACAUUCUACUAAAAGUUUCUAAAGGUUUCUAUAAGAGAAUACCUGUAAAAAUGUGGAUGUGUUUUUGUAAAGUUUAAUGGACACUUAAGACGUUCAAUACGACUAUAAAGGUAUUGUGUUAUUACAUUUAUAAAAGUAUUUUUCAAUCUGACACACAACACUGUAGCAGAUGAAAUGUUUGCAUUAGUGUCUGUCAUUUUCUGGGAUAUUUCACUGUACCACAGGGAUUGUCAGCAUCGCCUUGGUCUUGCCAGUACUGCACAUUUUUGGAUGUCUGCACAUGGCUCAUUCUCGAUUCAACUCGGAGCUCUUCAUUGAAUUUGGGAUGAGACUCCCAAAAUGUGCAUGGCUGGAGCCAUUUUGAACCACUUUGAUAUCUUUUCUGUAGGAGUUUAGUAUGUAACUGUAGAGAAUAAAUUCAUGCCUAUAAGGAGAUCACAAAUAACUAUAGCAGUUGUAUAAAGCAUAUAAUAGCAAACUUGCUAGUUUUUUCUUUUAAAUAGUUGUUAAAUGAAUCUUUGAUAUUUUAAGGUGUUUUUGUCAGCUGCUGAUGUUUAACAUGCUAAGGUAAAUCUACCAAGCAUUGAAUAACACCUAAAUUAAUUGAAUACUGUAUGAUUUGUGUAGCAUUCUUUUUUAUUUUAUUAUUUAUAGACUAUUCUUUUAAAUAUAAUAAUGGUACAUGUUAAGUAUAAAUUGACCUAAAUGUCAAUGUCAGUGUAUAAAAGUUUUGCAUGAAGCGUGAACUGUUGUCUAAAAACUUAAUCCAAACUAUAAACCAUUCGAAAUCUGAUAUGAUUAAAGAACAAAAUUCAAAGACAAAAGUUUAAUGGAAAUGAUUGGAUUUCUUAAUUCUAUUAUACAAUAUUGUUUGUAUUGUUUAUUGAUUAUUAUUGUUUUAUUGAUUAUUAUUUGACUGAUUAACUGCAUGGUGUUGCAUGCAGAAUUCUCUUAUUUUGCCUACUCUUUAAAAUGAAUAUACACAUAAACUGAGAUCAGUUUGUUUUUUCAAAGCUAUCAGGAAAAUCAAGUCUGCUCAUUGGUCUAAAAAAUUACUUCAAUGAAACUGUAACGCAUCUAAAUGCUGCCGGAGGUGUGAUGCAAGA